AGAACCCUCUGGGUUCUGGUCCGUCCUUUGAUAUUCGUUUCGGACACUCACUCAUUUUUGCUCUUCUGGCGAUGAUACCUAAGUAGUUAGAUUUGCUCCUUCUUUUAUUUUGCAGUCUCUUUACUUAUUUUUCAAUACUUAUAUUAUAACUUGGUGUCGCUUCUUCUUUAUAAGUUUGUAGUCUAAUUUAAGAUAUUUUCAUGUUGAAAUAAUUAUUUAAUUAUUCACAUUAUACGCCUAUAUUAUAGUCUGUUUUCUUAUUUAACAUUUAAUAAAUCCACACAACUCUUUUUUCUCUUGGCCGACCCCAAGUAGUGGGAUUAAGGCGAGGAAGAAGAAGAAAAAUACUCUUUUCUCCUCUAUACACCGAGGACCGUGCUUUACCGCCAAGGUAUAUCAGAAAUAAUGGAAAAAUUAAUACAAUUAACUGAAAAGUUUGGUUCAGAACCAUUUAAAGUCUGGUUAGGAUCAUCACUAGCUGUAAUUUUGUCCAAUCCUGAAGAUUUAGAAAUUAUAUUUAACAGUUCCAAAGCUUUCGAAAAAGAUCAAAUAUAUAAUUUUUUAAUAGACAUUUUAGGAGAAGGAUUGGGAACUGCUCCUGUAAACAAAUGGAAACAGCAUCGAAAAAUAAUUACUCCCAUAUUCAAUACUUCUUUCAUAAAUCAACUUUUACCAAUUUUUAAUAAGAAAACAUCAAUCUUUAUAAGAAAUCUUCAAAAAGAACUAGGAAAAACUGAAACAUUUGAUAUUUUUGAUUAUAUAAUUUCUAGUUCAAUUGAUACUAUAUGUGAAACCUCAAUGGGAUAUAACUGUAAUACGCUAAGUGAUGAUAAAUAUGUCUUCAGCAACGCAAUUAAAGAUGGCACAAAAGUUAUUUGUUCGAGAAUGUGUAAACCAUGGUUGUAUCCUAAUUUUAUUUUUAAUAUAUAUGCAAAAAUAACUGGCUGGCAUCAAAUACACAAGAAAUGUCAUGAACUACCAGAUCAAAUAAUUAAAAAAAAAAAAAUUGAAUACAUCCAGAGGAAAACAUUUGAAAAUAAAACUGUUAAAAACGAAACAAAGCGAUUAAAAGUUUUUUUGGACAUAUUAUUAGAAUUAAAUGAUCAGGGAGCAAAUUUUUCGGAUAAAGAUUUAAAAGAUCAAGUUCUUACUAUGAUGACAGCGGGUUCUGAAACAAGUGCUUUAACCAUCAGUUUCUGUAUUUUAAUGUUAGCUAUCCAUCAAGAUAUACAAGAUAAAGUUUAUAAUGAAAUUUAUGAAGUAAUGGGAAAUGGUGAUCAAACAUUAACAAUCGAAGAUACGGUUAAGUUUGUGUACUUGGAACAAUGUAUUAAAGAAACUAUUCGAUUAUACCCAAUAUUUCCCAUUAUUUUAAGACGUGCUCAAGAAAAUAUUAAAAUAACAAACCACAUCAUUCCAAAGGGCACUACUAUAGUAAUACCUUCAAUAGGUACACAUCAUCUAUCGGAAUUUUAUCCAAAGCCCUGGGAAUUCAAUCCGGAGAAUUUUGAUCCAGAGAAUGUGGCUAAACGACACAAGUAUAGUUUUAUUGGUUUUAGUGGUGGACCUCGUAACUGCAUAGGAAUGAAAUAUGCAAUGCUUUCUAUGAAAGUUACACUGUCAACAUUUUUACGAAAUUAUAGUGUACAUACAGGUUGUAAAAUGUCUGACAUUAAGUUAAAAUUUGAAGUUUUGAUGAAAAGCGUUUAUGGAUAUCCAGUAACAAUACGUCCAAGAGUGAGAACUCCAUCGUACCAAUUGAAGUUGAAAAAGAAAAAUUUAUAAUAUACAAAUCGAAGUAAUAAAAAGUGAAGUUAUAAAAUAGAAAUUUAAACAACAUUGUUUUAUUUUAGUUUUAUUGUUUGUAACACUCAUAAUGUUUAUUUUGUAGUAAUCAUAUUUUCCUAAUAAAUAAAUAAUUAUUUUUUAAUAAAUCAC